AUUCGGUGGCUGUUCAUUUUCGGUCGACGAUAUCAUUAAAAAUCUUGGUCAUCGGCAGUUUAUUUUUAAAGUGUCACUAUGAGUUCUGGUAUGCCUGAAUUGGGCUCCAAGAUAAGCCUAAUAUCGAAAGCCGAUAUUCGUUACGAAGGCCGACUCUUCACCGUCGAUCCUCAAGAAUGUACCAUUGCUUUAGCUAGCGUGCAAUCAUUCGGCACUGAGGACCGGGAGACACAGUACCCAGUGGCACCGCAGAGUCAAGUCUACGAUUACAUUCUAUUCCGUGGAUCAGAUAUCAAGGAUAUCAGAGUUUUGAACAAUGUGCCGUCUUUGCCCAAUGACCCGGCCAUUGUGCAGAUGUCUGUACCACCAUCCCUCGGAACAGGAGGCCAGGGGCAGUUUUCAGGGCAGUACAACCACCCUGUUGUUGGACAGACACAAUAUUCUCAAUAUCAUCCCAUGGCUGGCUUCCCAGGCAGUGUUCAUCCUCAACUCAGCAAGACCAGUGAGUUAUCCCCACAAAUCUCCGUGGAUUUGACACCACAGCCUCAACCUGUUAAUGCACCGAUUGGAUCUGGAGUGGUGCAUCACAACCAAGUGAAAGACCAAGGUUCAAUGUUAGAUCUUAUUGGAGGCGGUUCUCAACAAAGUGCCUCUCGUUCUGGUACCCCAGCUGCUGUUGGACACAGGAAGAGCCCUACCGCUGAUCAAGGCACUCAGGCAGGUUCCGGGGCCAGUGGUUCUGGCCAGCGGGAUGGGAGACGUACAAGCACCGGUAACACCGGCAAGCAGGCUGGUCAGCGGCCUCGACCCUUGUCUCGUACUCGCCAGCGUCAGGCCAGUGGCUCCCAGCCAAACCAGAUGAACAAUCACCAGCCCGGUGAGCAUGUUGAAAUGCAAAAUUACAACCGUGGCGGAUGGAGGGGUAGAUCGCGUGGACGCGGCCGUGGCUUCAUGCCUCGCAAUAAGAACACUCUGAAGUUUGACAAUGAUUAUGACUUUGAACAAGCUAACACAGAGUUUGAGGAGUUACGCAGUCAGUUAGCUAAAGCUAAGAUCUCUGAUGGUGAAGUUGUUAAAGUUGAAGGCGAAGUGGAUAAAAAAGAUGAUUCAGGUAACGAAACUGGGGCUGGUGAACCAGAGAUAGAAGAAGACAACCUUGCCUUUACUGGAUAUGAUAAGAAGAAGAGCUUCUUUGAUAACAUUUCCUGUGAAGCCGUUGAGAGGUAAGAUACAUGACACUUCUCACUGGAUUAGUCAAAGGGUCGCAGCCAGCGGACGGAUUGGCGGACGGAGCGCAAACUGAACUCGGAGACGUUCGGUGUGGCGUCGGCGCGGCGCGGUGCCUGGCGUCCGCGCGCCACGUGGCGUCAUGGUCCGCACCCUGCGCACCCGCACCCGCACCCGCACCACCCUAUGUCGUACUUCCCCAGCUGGAGGCCAAUGCGCGGCGGGCGCGGCCGGCCUGGCCAACACAAUUACAACAACCACAACAACCACAACAACAGCCACAACAACCAGCAACAGCGCCGCAACAACGCGCCGGCCGCUUCAGCGUCCGCGCCGCCCCCGCAGCCCCAGCCGCAGACCGCUGCAGCCAAGUAGGACAUAAAUGACGUGAAGAGUAUACUGAAUCUUAAUUUAUUAUCGCGAGGACUAAUCACAAAUGGAUAAGUAACGGAAAAGUGUAUGUCGGUGAUUGAAGUGUGUAAUUAUGUAAUCGAUUUUAAUAUAUAGAGAGAGCUGUAAUGCGGGAAGACAUAACAAGGCUAGGAUAAAAGUGAUGGACAUUGCUUUGGUGUGAUAGUGUUGUAUCCAAUAUAAGGAAGGUGUUCGAAUGAAUUCCCGUAAGCAAGCGACAGAACAAAUCGUCUUCGUCCAGGCGCUUUUAACUAGCGCGGUGUAAGUAACUGAAUAGGUGAGUCUCGUUAAAUGGGCUGUAUUGAGUUAUGACGACCUCCUGUAUGCUAAGAGUCGACCGAUACGAUAUUAGGCUAAAUUCUGUGAUGUGAGGUUUAAAUGUCAUUUAUUGUAAUUGUUGCCUUUUGUAACAAAUUUAAAGCCGUACAUUGUAUUAUGUAAAAUUAAAUUUUGUUUCGGUCCUAGCUUCUCACCUAUUAUGCGCAUUUGUGCCUAUUAAGAAUUAUAACAAAAGUUAGAGUAUGUGUUUUUAUUUACCAUAGUGUCAUUGCACUUUUAAUUAUUUUUUUUUUGUAAGCAAUGAUGCAAUGGACACAGCAGUCCUACUAGAUUAUAGUGAAAAAGAGCUUAUAGAAGGAUACCUACUCUUUCCGCUGGCGAGGUUUUCGUUAAAAGUGUAGAAAAUUAUAUUAGUGUCAACUGAACAACUAUGCUUCAGCUCAAAAUUAAAGUUCUUGCAAUGACUCGAUGUGAUUUAUUGACUGUCAUUUUUUAUUGUUAGUUUUAGAUUAAAUGAAAUGUGAUAGUAGGACUGCUGGUAUGAUCCAGUGGCAGCCACUAGAGAGUAGUUCGUGAUAGUAGAUGAAGAUUUGUUACUGUUGAAUAGAAUUGAAACGUGCGUGGUUUGCCACUAGGAUUACAGCCAGAUGGAGCUGCAGUGAUUCAGUGUUUUAUCACACAAAUUUUAUUAUAUUUGUUCAAAAAGAACUUUAGUUGUCUCAUAUCAAAAUACGAUCAUUAUAUUGUAAAUUUUUUAAAGUCGAUCGGCUAAAGUUCUGCUUUGUGCGGAUUAUCGAAAUAAAUUUUUUGACAAAAUACAAUAUAUUUGUAAAUCUGUAACUCGAAAACUGUACCUGGUGAUUGUAUUAAUACGGAAAUAUACAUUUACUACAAAUCUUC